AUGUUGUGGAGCUGGUCAGGCGAAAUACGGCUUUUAGAUCGACGAAACAACGCUGUGCAUCGCAAGUAUAAUGUGGUUGGGUCUUUCGCAAUGAAUGGCUCGUCGGUGAAGUCCAGAACGGAACGUUUGUCAAUGCUUGUAGAAGUCGACAAGACCGACGCCGCUACAUCGGAAAGAGUUAUUCGAAGGCAUGUCGUUCAUGGAGCAACCGCUCGAACCGAUAGGUGGACUGGUUACAAUAACUUCGACAAUCUCGACUAA